GAGAAAGAGAGACCAAGGUUACGACGAUGAUAUACAUAUGUGAAAGAAGAUUUGGUGAUAAAUCACAGCUGUUGGGUUAUAAAACUAGAGCAAAGAGUUCUUGCAAUUCUUCACAGGCUAUGGCGGAAGAGGCAACGCAUCGUUUGAUCGACACAAAUGGCAUCAAGAUGCAUAUAGCAGAGAUGGGAUCAGGAGGGCCGACUGUGGUGCUGCUCCAUGGCUUCCCAGAGACGUGGUAUACAUGGAGGUUCCAACUCAAGGGGCUGGCGGACGCUGGUUUCCACGCCGUUGCUCCAGACUUGCGAGGCUUUGGUCUCACCAAGUGUCCCAGGGAUUCAUACGGUAACUUCAAGCUCACGCCUCUGGAUCUCGUGGGAGAUAUCGUGGGUCUCGUCUAUGCGCUCGGAGGAGACCCGGUGUUCGUCGUGGGUCAUGACGUUGGAGCGUUCAUCGGAUGGAACUUGUGUCGCAUGAGGCCGGAUCUCGUGAGAGCUUAUGCUUCGCUUGGAAUUCCCUUCGGAGGAUUUAGACGUCCCACGGAAGAAGGAUUCUACGGGAAUCGCUUUGGUGUACCUGGGCGAGCUGAGAACGACUUCGCUCGAUUCGACACCGCCACCGUGCUCAAGAACAUCUACACGCUCUUUUGCCGGUCCGAGCUCCAGAUCGCCGGGCCCGACGAGGAGAUAAUGGACUUGGUCACCACGUCGGACCCCAUCCCGAGCUGGCUCACCGAGGAGUUCAUCAAAGUCCAGUCCGAGCUCUACGAGAAGUCCGGCUUCGAGUGCCCGCUGUGCUUCACAUAUCGCGAUCGCAUGAGGGCGUUUGAGCUCAUGGCUCCCUGGAUCAACAUGCCAGUAACGAGCCGCUGCCUCUACAUCACCGGCAAAGAUGACUACGUGCGCAAGUUCCCGGGGCUGGAGGAGUACGUGACCGGCGGUGGAAUGAAGCGAGACGUCCCCAACCUCGUCGGCGUUGCUGUUCUUCCUGGCGGCCAUUUCGUGGAGGAAGACUCGCCCGAGGAAGUGAACUCCUUGCUCAUACGCUUCUUCAAAGAGUAGAGCAUGAUCGCCGGAAGUAAUAAAAGAGGAGUUGAUAUACAUUGCGACUCAGCCUCGUACAAUACCACGCUGCUACUGACCUGAGCAGCAUGCUCUCAUUGUAGAGCCGGCAGAACGAGGGGUAAAUAAAGAUUUCCUUGUUGGAGAUCUGAGUUAUGAGAGGUCUCUCUCUCUCUUUUCGUGGUUUAGUUCUAAGUUUCGUUCUUCUGUAGACUAUCGAGAAUGCCAU